AUGGGAAAUGAAACCUGUGUGACUGAAUUCAUUAUACUGGGUUUCUCAAAACUCCCGGAAAUGAAGUUUUUACUGUUUGUGUUGUUUUUAUGCCUGUACUUAUUCACAAUAGUUGGUAACAUCCUCAUUGUUGUCACGAUCAGUUUGGAUAGCACCCUACAGACUCCCAUGUAUUUUUUCCUAAGGAACUUGUCUUUCUUGGAAUUAUGUUUCAUCUCAGUCACCAUACCCAACAUGCUUGCAAACCUCCGCUUGGCAGAAGGCAAAAUCUCUUUUGUUGGGUGUGCCACACAGCUCUAUUUCUUCUUACUAUUUGGAGCUACAGAGUGUUAUUUCCUUUGUGUUAUGUCAUACGACCGCUACGUGGCCAUCUGCAUCCCACUGCGAUACAUGGUCAUCAUGGACAAGAGAACCUGUCUCCUGCUGUGUCUGGCAUCUUGGCUUACUGGAUUCCUGGUGGCAGCAGGACACACCACCUUCAUUUUUAACCUCCCUUUUUGUGGGCCCAACAUCAUUAACCAUUUCUUCUGUGAGAUUCAGCCACUGAUGGUGCUUGUUUGUGGAAACACCUACUGGAAUGAAGUCCAAGUCAUUGGCGUAGCUGUUUUGGGGCUCAUGCUUCCUUUCAUUCUCAUCCUGGUGUCUUACCUCCAUAUCAUCACUGCUAUCUUAAAAAUGAAAUCAGCCAAGAGCAGGCACAAGACCUUCUCCACUUGUUCCUCUCACCUCAUGGUCGUAACCCUACUUUAUGGCCCAGCCCUCUUCAUGUAUUCCCGGCCUAAGUCCAGUUACUCUUUGGACACUGACAAGUGGUUGUCUCUGUCCUAUUGCAUCAUCACACCUGUUUUAAACCCCAUAAUAUAUAGUCUCAGGAACAAAGAGGUAAAAGGAGCAAUGUGGAAACUGGGUACUAAAAUCUUUCUUACGACAAAAAGUUAAUACAAGGAGGGCCAACAUUAUCUGAUGCUCUUAUGCUCCACUUUUCCACCAUAUGGAACUAUUUUACAAUGUGAAUCGAAUGCUGAACAUAA